AUGGACCUCUUUACCGCCGCCGGCCUCAUCGUCAACACGAAGAGAGCGGCGGUCAUGCACCAGCCGCCACCCAACGAUGCCUAUACAGCACCUCAAAUCAACUUGAACGGCGCCCAACUUCAAGCCAUAGGCAGCUUCGUCUAUCUGGGUAGCACCAUCUAUCGUACCUCAUAAAUCGAUGACCAAGUGGUCAGCAUGACUAUGCACAGCCAGUUUUGUAAAAUCUGUCAUAUACAAUCUUCCGCACUAAUUUACAUUGACCCUAUUCACUACCUUAUGAUUACGAUUGAACUGUGACCCAAUCACAUUUUAAAUGACUGCAAUUUUAUUUUAUUUUUGAGUAUGAAUCUGCGAAAGCACUGUACAUAAAUAGGGUCAUCAAGGGCUCUGCCUGUAACCGGAAGAAAAUAGAAUCCGUUCAACACUUUUUUACCAAGAGAAUUUUAACUCCAGAACAACGACAUUUGUCAUACCAAGAACGUUGCCGGCUUACAGGCCUCGAUCCUUUAUGGUUCCGUAGAUUACAAAAGGGACUAUUUUUGCUAUUUAAACUCUUAUAUAACCACACAUUUAACCCACUCACCUCUUUAAGACACCAUAUCCACCCACGACGUAACAGUCACCGUGAGGUCUUCUUAUUUCUGCCUCUGGCACGUACUGUUAAAUAUCGUCGGUUCUUUUCUGUAAAUGCAAUUGCUAUUUGGAAUAAACUACCCAUGAGUGUGAAAACUCUGCAAAAUUUUUCUUUAUUUAAGAGAACUAUUACUAGAUUUUUGCAUUCAGAAAAGCUCCCACAAAUUUUGGGUGCUGAAUCUACUGAUCGACUGUACCGUAGCGAUGGCGUUUGUGGUCUCUGAACACUAUGGCCGGUCUCACCAGCUGUUCCUCAACGCCUCUACUUUGACUAUCCCCAACUUCAUGAAAGGAAUUUGACGUCCGAUAAUCUCCGAUACCGUGCAACCUCCCCCCUUCUUGACGGUCAAUAUUCUACCACCGCCGACAGUUUUUUUCUCCUGAGCCCUUCAAACCACAAAAACCACCAUCAACUAUAUUUUUAUGCCUUAAGCUCAGGAGGUUUUUUUCAAUGUUGGUCGGAUUUGUGUUUAAUCACUUCCCUUGACAAUGCCUGUAAACGGGCAUCAAAUUAAAAUUUAUUUAUUUAUUUAUAUACAUAUACAUUUCCAAAGCUAGCUAAGCCCUUGUUCGUCUACAGAACACCGUCUGUAAUCGUCACGGUCUCCACUUCAACAUCAAGCUCAAGAUGUACAAAGCUGACAUUUUCACGCGCUUCUAUAUGAAGCUGAGACCUGGAUUGUGUACAAGAAACAGGCACCGAAGCUGAAACUGUUCCAUCUCAGCUGUCUUUUACUGAUACUAAAACUGAGGUGGCCGGAUGCGAUCCUGGAUAAAGAAGUACUAGAACGGACGGGAAUCCUCAGAAUCCACGCCAUGCCCAGACAAAUGAGUAAAGUGUUCUCAGGGCGUCACAAUAACCAAGUCAAGUCCCGAAUGACAGAAGAUUAAAGACACCAGACGGAGGCAUUCCUUGUACACACAAAUCCGUCUUGUCGUCUCAGGUGGGAGUACUCAUAGGCGAAGCAAGGGCUAGUGCUGACUGCGCCUGGCCACUCCUGAAAGAGAGAGAGAUUGAUGCAGUGGUGGCACUUACUUUCGUUAAGAAGUAGUGUUUUCAAGCAGCAAAUGGGCAGCUUCGAGUGUGUGGACACAGGUGUGUCCGAGCUGAUGUCAGUCGAGUGACUGCAGGACAAGGCGCCUGGAACAGCUGGUUGCAAAGGUAAACAACCUUGAGGCAUCUCGACCUAGAAAGAGGAAGUCAGACUUCGCAGUGAUGGCUGCCGCGAACACACCUCUUAAAUGGACAUGCAAAUUAACUAAGGGAACUAUGCAACUCGCACACAGGGACGAAAACAUUGGCACACUGACGUCAGAAUUGAGGCAACAAUCCUUGAAGCCAAUCGAAUAACAAAAGCCCGCAAGAUGCAAACAUUGCGGACCAACGUCGUGAACACUCGCAGCCCACCAGCAUUUCCACAUUAUCAACUGACAUUUAGAGCACGCAUUAGUCAUUUUGGAUGCUUUUGAAUCCACCGGAAUAUCUGCACGACCAGCGUAACCCACACGCGCUACAAGAGCCACCAUUGACGGCACCCCUUAAAACUACUGUCACUGUUACACCGUCCUCCGGUCCCACUGUGCCUUUGUUGAGCAUUUUUACAGUCACCGCGAAGAAAACGAUACCAGGAUAUCCGAAAUUUCAACCAUCGCAAACGAUAGUGUCACCUGUGUGUCCCACAGGGAGGUUGGUGGAGCUCCAGUGUCUUCUGAGUGAAUUAAUUUAUAUUGAGACAGACAAGCUCUACAUCUACCAUACUCUCUCAUUCUUCACUUAGCUGGACCCGCUGUCAAGGAAACCGGAGGCGGGAUCGGGCGCAGUGGUUGAGAAAGCUAAACAUCCCCUCUUUGUGUGCCACACAUAGCGAAUGUACUGGGACUCCACAGAGAGUGGUCCGACCUCGAACGAGUAAGAACGCCAGAACAGCCGCAUUAAGGAACUAUUGUAGCCUGUCUGUCAGCCUUGAGAACCUGCUUAUCCACUCAGUUGGCAGCCUUCCAAAACACGAUUGUGAACUGGUUGUGAUAGAUUCAGGCGUAUAAUAGUUGUUUUGGUGAUGAAUGCAUAGAUGUGUCAUGGAGAUGGUUUCUCCAGUGCCAACUUCACUCAAAAUUGAGGAAAGGCACCCAUUUCGACAUUUCAAUCAGAGCAAGCGACGACGUCCACCGCAUGCCCCAUGGAGACUUGUGCGCGAAUUCGUCCAAAGUGAGGCAGAAUCGCGCAUCAUCCGGAUUCACUCCCACAGCAACGUCCCCUAUCUCAUCCACCUGGUCCCGACGGCAAGGUACUGUCAAAAUGAUCAGAGAUGAUCUCGGACGCAGUGCUGAUGAAGAAAAACACGACCUGGUUCCCAAUCCAUGUGUACCACGCUACAUUAAGGGCAACUCGGCACUCAGAUGAUUAAGUGCCAUAAGGACCACGUUAAGGAGCUGUUGCAGACAGCCAACAUGGCCAUGUCUACUGCCACUGUCCAACACCUCGCAACUUCAAGGUCAUUAACCCUUGCAGCGAGCCGUUCCAGACGCGCCGACCUGAAGCCACUCAAUCGAUCUCAGCUCGGAGUCACCUGCGUCCAUACAAAGUCGCAGUUGCCCAUACGUCACCAACAACAUCAGCCACUGGGAUACCAAUCCUCAGCAAAUACAACACCCGCUGAUUGGAGACCACUUGAGAUUGACCCACGAGCCUACAAAAGUGGCUACCACCUCUGUCUCAGGGACGCUCAGGCACGACUUUACCCAGUCAAUAUUGGCCAUGGCUUCGCCAGUGGCCACUGCCGUCUGAGAGGACAACUCAGUGUUCCGUGA